AGAGGCAGGUGUCUUGGGGAGGGGGAGGUAGAGGAGAGGUGGGAGGCUGGAAGGGGGUUAGGAGGUAGGAGGUAGGCAGGUAGGAGUCCCGGGGAGGCAGGGAGAGGAGAGUGUGGUGAGUGAGGCAGGCGGCAGCAGUAGUAGCGAGCGCCGUCCACCUGGCAGGCUGAAGGAGGCCCUGUGUUCCUGCCCGCUGGGAGCCGCCGGGACGAGUCAUGGUCAGCGGAGUGGCCGCCUCGUGACCCUCCCUCCCCUCACACCCUCGCAGGUCAGCACACACCCACACACCCUCGCGGGGCGCCAGACAAAGGCCACCACACAGCGGCCACCACUCACUCAGGAGGGGGAGAUGUGCUGCUUCUUUUCCACUUGCCUUUGCGCACUAUUUGGCAGAUUUUGAUGUUAUGGGUUUCGACUUGACACGGUUCCAAGGGGAGGUGGAUGAGGAGCUGUUGUGUCCUAUCUGCUCGGAGGUGUUGGAAGAGCCACUACAGGCUCCUUCGUGUGAACAUGCCUUCUGCAGUGGGUGCAUCAAUGAGUGGCUCUCUCGCCAGCAGACGUGUCCUGUUGACCGCCAGCCCAUCACCUCCUCACAGCUUAAAUCAGUCCCCAGAAUACUACGCAGUUUGCUUUCAAAGUUGUACAUUUCAUGCGACAACAAACCCCAUGGCUGCACCUCCAUAGUGAAGCUUGAUGCAUUGACCUCACACCUCGAGGAGUGUGAGUUCAACCCCAAGCGCCCGGUGCCUUGUGAACAGGGGUGUGGCCUCAUUGUACCUAAGGAUGAGUUGAAGGAGCACAACUGUUUACGUGAAUUAAGAAGUCUAAUACAAAACCAGUCUGGUAAAAUAGCCGAGCUGCAGCAAGAAUUCGCAGAAAAUAAAUACCAACUUAAUGAACAAAAAAGAGAAAUUCAACUCCUUAAGGACUUUAUGCGUGCCAUGAGGAUCAGUAACCCUCAGAUGCGAGCAAUAGCCGACCAGAUGGAGCAGGAUGAGGUGGUGCGGUGGGCCAGCUCCCUUGCCCGGGCUCGAGUCACGCGGUGGGGCGGCAUGAUCUCAACUCCUGAUGCUAUGUUGCAGGCUGUGAUCCGGCGGUCCCUGAGUGAGUCAGGUUGUCCCCCACACAUUAUUGACCAGCUGAUGGAAAAUGCCCAUGAGCGGCGCUGGCCGCCCGGGCUGUCCACGCUGGAGACUAGACAGGUAAUGAACCGGAGGCACUAUGAGAGCUACAUCUGCAAGAGAGUGCCGGGCAAGCAGGCGGUGGUGGUGAUGGCGUGCGACAACCGGCACAUGAACGAUGAUAUGCUGCUGGACCCCGGCCUGGUCAUGAUCUUUGCCCACGGAAUAGAAUGAGGAGUUUCUGGUGCUAUCAUACUGAAUCUUGUUAAUCUAAGAUGAUGAGUGGACCCUGAAUCUGAAGUUUAUUGCUAGUGAAGAACCAAAAAGGUUGGUAAUGAACUGUGCUGCUUGUGUUUCAUCUGUGUGUCUGGCUCAUUCUUCACAGUCCUCAAAGGGAGGUUCAGCUAAUGCCUUAGAUUUAAAAUGUAAUCAGUUGAACCAAUGGCUAUUUUCUUUGUCUGACUGUUUUCAAACAAGUUAUUUUCAUAUUUUCCCUGAAUUCAAGCAGUAAAGCUUUAUACACAUAAUUCAACUGGAUUCCGUUUGUUCUGUGCACCACUGGUGUCAAGGACACUUUCAGUAUACCAAGUGCAUUGGUAUUUCUUGGACUUACAUUAAACAAAAUUACAUAUCAGUAAAAAUGAAGAACUUGUUACCAGAGGGCCUUGAUUUUUUAAGGUUAUGUUUGAGACUCUUUCCCCAACACUGGAUACAACAGUUUUGUCCUACACAUUCAAUUUGAAAAGUUUACUUGAAGUAAUGAUUUGUGGACCUACUAAAAUUACAUUUUAAAAUCUUGAUUUUAUAUAAACAGAAAUAUCAAUGGAGGAAAGAAUAUGAAUCAUAUUUUUUGCCAUAAGUCUGAAAAUAUUUGUCUUUUAUUGAGGUUUCUGUCCUUCAGAAAUCUUGCCAAAGACAUAUUUGUAUUGAAAAGUGGAGAGUAUUUGUAGGGUGAGGUUAGGGACAUAAGUUGAUCAUUCACUCAAAAAGACUGAUAAGCUAAUAAGUGAGCCUCAAGCCACCUAAAGGCUUUAUGUUGCAGCCACUCCUUCAAGAGCCUUUCAUUAACUAAAAAAAAAUGCAGAACCUCCUGCUCAAGGCAAAUGCACAAAUGUUUAUAUUCUGAACCAUUACUGGAGAGAUUGCAGUGUGGUGGGAAGAAGGAAAAAUUGUUGGGUGAGAUAUCACAUAGUUUUUCUUGUAAAUUUUGCAUUAAAGAAACAUAUAAAUGACCCCCAAACUCAAACAAAUAUCUCAGUUUUGAGAAAAAAAAGACAGAAGCAUCCAUCAGUGGUGCUUUUAAGAUUAACAACUCCCUUUUAGCCAAAUUAGAAGAAUUUUAGCUUAGUAGUGACACCAACGUAAGGAAUUAUAGUCAUGAUGAUAGAAACAGGUGAUGUAGGAACAUACUGAAAAUGAUAUAGCUAGACACAUGUGCAUGGUCAACUCAUGCCCACCUCCUACCUGCAGCUUUGUUGCCAGAUUUUGUACAUAAUGUCCUGAUAUUGUACAUAAUGCACUGUUUGUUGGCAUACACUUUGAAGAGUGUGCUAGCCAACCACCCCUGGUGUAAAUUUAUUUAAUUGGUGUACAGUAAGAGAUAAGUGCUCCAAGAGCUUGGUAGUUGAGCACAGCUCAAUGCUGAGGUUGUGAAUGUUUGAUGGGACUGUCCACUCAUAAAAUGAUGAACUGCAAGGAGGUAAAACCAUCAAGCCUAAAAAAUCAAGUCCCUCUUGGGUGUUUCCAAUGAAUGUCAUUACCAUUAAGAUUGCACAUAUACAUUCUCAUUUCAUAUUUACCUCUUCUUUUGGGAGGGCGGGGGUGUUGCACAGUCUCAGUUUCAUCUCAUACUUAGCUAGUACUUAGGGAGGAGGGGUGGCAGUGUUCAGUGACCUGUAAGAUUCCAUGCAUGAACGAGUUCUUCUCACUGUAAUUGUGGUUCCAGGCAGGGUUAAUUUAUUUGUGUGACAAAAUUCAGGGUUUGAUUUAGAUGUUAGUUCAUCAAGCAUGAAGAAAAUAUGUUUGAUGACAUGCACUGCUUUAUGAUAUCUCUUGUUUCUCAUUCAUUUAAGGAUACAUUAUGAAUCUUAAAAUUAUCAAAUGAUCUGUUCCUUAUUAUUUGUAGAAGUGUAGGUUCAGCAUUGAUUGAUGUUUUAUAUAAAGGAGGUAUUUCCCGUAGCUUUUCCAAUGAAUGCUCUUUGCAGUCAGGCAACUCGCUAUUAUUCACUUUCAGAUUAUGUGCCAUCCAACCCUAUCACACUCUUGUUAUUCUGUUUCAUCUUGCAGCCACUUUUUAUUUCUCCCUCCCACCUCAUUUACUUUUUUUGCAUUCCCUCAUUAUUUAUUUGUGGUUCCAAGCAUUGGUUGACUUCCUUACUUAUGAAACUAAAAAAGUUUCCGCAAACCACAAAGCAUGACUGUACCAGAAAUCUGUCUUCUGAAGGUCCAAAAGGUGCUACCUCACUAAACCCCAAAAUGUGCCACACUGUCCACACACUCAUGGUUGCACGUACACACCCGACCACCAUGCCACCAAGCUCCCGCCGGUGACCCGGGUAUAACUCACUUUGUGCAUGGCAUUGAGGUCAGACUGUGAGGUAACAAUAUCUUGUCUUUUUUACCUGUGUGGUUUAAUAGUGAGAGAAGUACAUAUGUUACUUGUGGUCACCAUAGCUUUUCUCCCUUUGUCAUUGUGGUGACACUUCCUGUGCUCCUUCCCCUUUGCAUUUCCAACAAAUUAUAUUAAAUUAUUAGUAUCAUUUAGGACAGGGAUUGGGGAAUGAUUAAAUUACCCCAAAUAAGGUAAAUUUGAAAAUUUGAGGAUUAAAGAUUGUGGGUAAAUUUUUGUAUAUGACAUUCAAUAAUUUAAUGAACAAUGGGCUUGUUUUUCUUUACUUUAAAUCUUAGGGUGAUUAAAACUUUAUUCAAAGAAAUUUUGGGGGUAAUGCCCCCCAAAAUUCCCCGAUCCCUGAUCUAGGGCGUCAUUGUUCAUUGCUUGGGUGUCUUAGUAAGUAAUUUAGUCUGAACACAAAUUGUGAUCAGUUCAAAGCUUAAUCAAACUGAGGAUACCAAACACUUAACAUCUUUAACUUGGCUGUAUUGACCUUGUCUUCACCACACAUGAUGUGUGUGUGUUUAAGAGUGUGUGUGUGUGUGUGUGUGUGUGUGUGUGUGUGUGUGUGUUAAUGUUUGGCUCUAGGCAGUUGUGUUUUCCAGGUAGGACACAGAUCUUGAGUUCCUGCAGUGUGCAUAGAUGGUGUUAAUUAUUCAUCUAUACAACUUGCUGAAUUCUUAUUCCCAAUACAUGACAAAUAUAAUGUUCCUCUUGUGGAGGCAAAAAACAUUUGAAUGCCUUAUCUGAUGAUCCCAUAAGAAAACAUGGAAUCUCAUACUUUCAAGUAGUUUACAAAAUUUAGGACUUUUGUAUCAGAGGCAGAAAAGAAGACAAAGGUUAGUUUGGAGUACUUUUUGUUGGGUUUCCCUUGUGUUCUUAUUACUGUAUAGAUUGUUGCUGCACCACAGGUUUCUUGCUUCUUACAUUAUUUAGUGCACGCGUUGUGCCUAGGGGCUUCAUAGAAGUUUGGUCUAGGUAGUUUGAGAGUCUCAUUUUGCAGCCAUUGAGUAUGUUUAAGCCACUUGGUAAAUCAUAACUAAUAAUUUUCCUAGGAAUGCAGUCUUUUGGGGGUGUUUCAGGCAGCUUAUUAUUGAGAUGCUUUAUAAUUAUGAGGAAUACAUGAUGAUUGAUGUUGGUUUUGUAAAGCUUUUGUUGUCUUGCCUUGGGAGGUGAUUCAGUCCUUUAGAAGUCUUGUAAAGGUCAAAUACACAUUUGUUAUAAGAAAAGGCAAGAAUCUCAAAACAAAUAUUAAGGUCAGUGUGUAUAGUUAACAUAUUAUAGAUGUUGGACAAAAAUGGUGACCACUAUAUCAUGGAAAUAAUUAUUAAAUGUAGUGGAAUAAUGUUAUAUAACAAUUAUAUAAAUUAUCAAGAUUUUGGUUGAGUCCUGUGUUUGGAAUAUUUAUAGUAUAAAAGUUUUUAAUUGUAUGAAUUCACAAUAUUGUGUAGAUGUAUUGGACCAGAGCAGAUGAUUCAUGUUUAUAUUAGGUAUUGUGAUGUUUAAGCUGUGAUUUAUUAUUUUCUAGUUAACAUAUUAUAGAUGUUGACAGUAGGAUAUUUUUCACGUGUCUGAAGGAAGUGUUGCGGCGUUAUGAUGAUGAAGAGUUCCUCUGUACAUAGCCUUAGACUUGCAUUAGAGUGUCUGCCCUGUGGGAAAAUUGCAUCUGGCAAUGAUCUCAGUUGUGACAAAGACAAAACUAAUUUGAGGCAAGUGUGCCUGUGCUAUCUUUAACUGAUCUGAAAACUUAUCUCUAAGAGGAAGUACGAUUGUUAUCACCAUACUUAAGCUGUCAGAAUACAGGUGAUUCUUUUGCCACAGGCCAUAAGAACUAAACUGGUACUACACUACUGAGGAAAAUAGAUCUUACACAACACGGCUGUGCAUUGCAUAAUGGAAAGAACACAUGAAGCAUAAAUUAUUCAUGUUUCUAUGGAUAAUAUAGUCAUUUCUUUUAUUAUGAGUGUUCUGCUUUUCUAGCUGAUGUAAAGAGAAUGUAUGGAUAUUGGAUAUUAGUGGGACAGUAUUGAGAGCAACAGUAUGAUGCUCAAGAUUUUACACAAUGCAGCUGUGGCAUGUAGCAGCAGAGGUAAACUUGGCCACAUCUUUGGUAUUACCACUAUCUACCAUACCUGCAUUAGUUUCACAUUGUGUUUUAGUUACUGCUCGAAGCCUUUAAUUUUCCUGCAUUUGUUAGCAACACUUGGGUACAGUGUAUAUGUUUCCACAGUACAUAGCCCUUGUCAGGCCUUGUCUUCUCUUCCAGUUGUGUACUCUUCACAAUUCCUGCAGUUAAUCAAGAAUUGUUUUUUGCAGAUCCGUCCCACGUUAGCUAUUUCAUAACAGUAGGACAUGUUCCAGCAGAAGCUCUCAGUUUCACUCUUAGAGUGAGCACAUAGGAGUUAAAGUGGGGAUUGGUGACAAUUUUUCUAGUGUGAAAGUCCUUAACACUCACUUCACUAUGUUAAAAUUUAGUUGCCACAAUGUGUGCCAAUGAUGUAAUUAUGUACAUUUUGUAAAAUGUGAUGCAACAUAUAUUUUUCAAUUCAAAAUGUGGAAAGUAGAUUUUUGAGGUAGUUUUGCAGAACCACGCAGCAUCCCAUCUUCAUCAGUUACAUUGAGUAUGAUGAAUUUUACAUUUCUUAAGAUUGCCAUAACUGACUUAUUGCUGGUGUUCUCUCAGGUGGUUGUAAAGGUGAAUGAAAAUACCUGUACAUAUCCAAUUAUGUGAAUGGUUUAGCAUCCUCCACUCACUCAGUGACAAGGUUGGCUACAGUGAUCAGCCACAGAAGGGUUGAGUAUAAGUAUUUGUAUUUCUUGUUAACACAGUAUGACAUGCAUUGUCCUGUCACUGACUAUGUGUGCAAGGACGUCAAAUUUUGUUUCAGCUGAAUAUACACUUGUAGAUACACUACUUAUGACAACAAUGUACAGCGGUGGCCUCUACCUCUCAGUGUCAUCUAAUGUUCCCAAUGCUCAAUAUUCCUCCUCUAUGUCUCAUUCUCUAAGAAGUACAAAAUGUUCAAGGAUGUCAAGUGGGCCCAUCAUGUUCUCAUUUUUCAAUCACGUUAUCUUUUCAUUCAAUGGAAAGUUAUAAGAAGAGAUGGAACCAAUGUGUGUUUCGAAUGUUGCGUGAACUCUAGAAGCAUCUGUUGGUGAAGUACUCAUCCUCUUUGCAAGUUAUAAACCCAACUUACGGAAAUAGUGCCGACGUGUGUCCCAUGACAGUGACUAAAACAUUCCACAUAAUAACAGCAUUCCACAAGGCUGCUUAUUCUUACUUGAUCACAGAAAUCAAGUUUAGCAACUCACUCAGUAUAGUUUCAUUAAUCAGUGAAUAAAAUCAUAACUUUACUAUUGAAUUGUUGUACCUGAUUUGUUUCCACUUUUUUCAAGCAUAAGAAAAUCCAGAAUUAAAUUGACCUUGAAAAAUACUAAUGCUUUUUUUUAUUGAUUAAUGAUUGUAAAUUGUUAAUGCUGAUGUCAUAUGAUACCUUUAUGGAAUACUCAAAUCAGCCUAGAAACAUGUAGAGUAGAAUCAGAUGAUAAGCCCUAAGCAUAAUACAAGUUUAGCUAGCCAGUGAUUGUGUCAGUGUAAUAUUCAGUGACGAGAACUCUCUGACGUGUACACAGGGAACAUAACAGUGCUGUGUGGCUUCCUGCAGAACUGAGCGUCUUGUACUUGAGGCCUCACGGUGAAUCUUCCCGGUUGAAUCUCGAGGUUAUGUUAAUUGUUAUUGAUGAUGGUUCUGUUACGUUAUGAUAAAUGAAACCUUAUGCAUACACCUUGAAGAUAUUAAACCCAUUUAAGGUAUUAAUAUCACCUGUUAUCAGUUAAUUAUUCUUACAUCUAUGCCAGAAUAAAAAUGUUAGGUUAAAAGGUUUAGGUCUGGCCCGAGUUUUUGAUGUUUUUCAAAGGUUAUGUACAUAGCUAUUGAAAAUGUCAAUUGACAGAUCCAUGUUAGAUGUGGAGUUACAUAUUUUGUGAUAUUGUAGUCUUUAAAGAAGCUGCUGUAAAGAAUGCUGCUGAUCUCAUCCAUUCCCGUCAGUGUCUUGGUAAUGCUGACCUUUUUUUUUGCCGUUUCUUACCUAGAAUGCUAUAAGAACCUUGUUUCCAGUUGAUUAUUAAACAUGUCAAAACUAUGGCUUGUCACUUGUUCUUCAAAAAAAGUUCAUUAAUAUCAUUUUAGAAUUAGGCCAUGAAGCUUGGGAACACCACGUUUCUCUAUGCCAGUGAUUAUGAAAUAAAUAUGUACAAAUCAGAGAA